CUCUCCUCGUCACAUCAUGGCGACUCCCAUGCAUCGGCUCAUAGCUCGGCGACAAGCUGAAGCAAAUAAGCAACAUGUAAGAUGUCAGAAAUGCUUGGAAUUUGGACAUUGGACUUAUGAAUGCACAGGUAAAAGAAAAUAUCUACAUAGGCCUUCAAGAACAGCAGAACUAAAGAAAGCUUUAAAAGAGAAAGAAAAUAGAUUAUUACAACAAAGCAUUGGAGAAACUAAUGUAGAAAGAAAGAACAAGAACAAAAGGUCUAAGAGUGUAACUAGUUCCAGUAGCAACAGCAGUGACAGUUCAGACAGUGAUUCUUCAUCAGAAAGUGAAGAAACCUCUACCUCAUCCUCCUCAGAGGACAGUGACACAGAUGAGAGCUCUUCUUCCUCCUCCUCCUCGGACUCAUACACCACCUCCUCGUCCUCCUCCUCUGAUUCAGAUUCAGACUCAGACUCCAGUUCUUCCAGUAGCAGCAGCAGCACAGAUAGCAGCUCUGAGGAUGAGCCACCAAGUAAGAGGAAAAAGAAAUAGAAUCGCUCCUUCCAUACUGGGCAGAUGGACUGAAAACCAGCGGGACACUGGAAGGGGAAUUUAGAAAACAUUCAACUAGGUUAGCUGACCAAAAUUUCUAGAGUUCAAAGGUUUCUAAGUGUUUCAUGUUGAAAAGACACAGAGUAUUAAUAAUGGAUUAUAUGAAGACUUAUUUUAAGGUGGAUCUUUUUUUAAAAAAAAUCUUGAAGCUGUAACUCUAGAACUUGAUCAAAGCUGAAUACCAGUAAGUAUGUUUUUGUGAUGUUUUUUUUUUUCCCUGUGAAAUAAAUUCCAUACUUAGUUAAAUGUUAAUGGAAGGUAUGGGAUGGGUUUUCAGGAUAAUACAUCAGAAUAUUUGGCAAGGUAUUUUUGUUCGUAAUGCUUUUGGCUGUGUUUAUUAUGUAAGAUUUAUACAUUGUCACUAUAAGGAGUUUUCCUACCAUUAAUAAAUGUGCUCUCUGUUUACUUUUAUGUUCAGAAAGCUAUUCUACUUUUUGUCCUGAUUCAAAAUCAAGGAACCUAUUAAUAUAUUUAGACCUUUUGAAUGCUAGGUCUCAAGUUGUUCUGUCAUAGUAUUCAUUUCCUCUGGUUCCUGAAGUUCUUAGAGUUGCCCUUCUGAAAAAUUCUAGUAGAAUCUAAAAAGGGACAAAAAUAUGAAUCUAAGAACUCUUAAUUUUGGUGCCUUUAAAAAGAUGCAAUGUAUCAGAAGAGAAAGCAGCCAUGUAAAAGGCUAACCUAAGUAAAAAUGCUUUAAAUAUAUUUAUGUAUUAACUUUCUGUAGAAAGGUACCAUUCAGAAGGGAAAAAGGAGACAAUUUUUACAAAAAAAUUAGGGCAAUGCCAGUUGUCUUUUAUUAAGAAUUUUUUUAAUGCUUUCAAUAAAGAUUGCC